CCGAGAGCAUCACGGAGCACCCACACGCGAAUUCAGUGCCGGUGGCUUCAACGCGUGCUUUCCCGGCGAUUCGAAAAUCGUAAAACUCGGCUUUCCGUGUUGUAGUGAAUCAGAAGAAGAACGGAAUACCCGAGAGUACAAAGGAAACGGGCCUAAAAGAAAAGUGUCCGAGGGCAUUGUGAAAAGUGUCCUGUUUGCCGGAAACUGUCGCCCGAAACUAUGCAGCAGUAGAGAGGCCCACUUCCGCCAGGGAAUACGUGGAAACAUUCAUUGUCCUUUAACUGGAGGCUGAGCACUUCGUCUCUCAUUAAGAUGCGUGUGCCACAAUUUAUUUUGGGUCUGAUUUGGACGCUUCUAGUUCCAGCACAGGGUUCUUUUGACCUUGUGGGGCAGUCUAUCAAAGAUGCCCUGGCCGAGUACACGCUGACGGACAUCAUGAACAACAACCAGUUCGCGGGCAUCGAGUUCGGGGAGGCGGAGGACGGCUUCCCCGCCUUCCGGUUCCUGCAGACGGCGGACGUUAAGUCGCCGUACCGCAUGCUCCUGCCGGAGAAGCUGUACGAGUUCGCCAUCCUCAUCACUUUCCGGCAGAGCUCGCUGAAGGGCGGCUACCUGUUCAGCGUGGUCAACCCACUGGACCGGGUCGUUCAGCUGGGCGUCCACCUGUCGCCGGUCGUGAAGAGCAGCUACAACGUAUCGCUGGUCUACACGCAGGCGGACCAGAGCAUCGGCCGCAAGUUGGCCAGCUUCGGUGUGGCUCACGUGCCGGACAAGUGGAACUCGAUUGCCCUGCAGGUCCUCAGCGACCGUGUCUCCUUCUACUACGACUGCGAGCUGCGCAACACCACGCUGGUCACCAGGGACCCCGCCGAACUGGUCUUCGAUUCCGCAUCCACUCUGUACAUUGGACAGGCGGGCUCCAUCAUUGGCGGCAAGUUCGAGGGCUAUUUAGAAAAAAUCAAUGUCUAUGGUAAUCCCGAUGCCAUAAACGUCACAUGUAUGCCGCCCCCAAAGGCAACGGUCGCCCCAACCACAGCGGAUGAGGAAUCUUUUCUAAUGGAAGGAUCUGGAGAGAGUAUUACCUUCGAAGAGUCAACGGAAGUUAACCUUUUAAAUGAUGAUUUUUGGGAGACAGACGACGAGGCGACGGACAUCUUCGACGCCAGUGGCAUGCAGCCCCCGGGACAGACGACAUAUUCGCACGAGAGACCGUACCGCGGCAUCAAGGGCGAGAAGGGAGAGCGCGGACCCAAGGGCGACAGCAUUCGCGGUCCGCCGGGACCGCCGGGUCCGCCCGGGCCCAAAGGCGAAACGGCCGCCUAUCCGCCCUUUGUCGAGACCACGAGUGCGGGGGCUAAAUACACUGGCGAGUGUACAUGUAAUGCGUCUGAUAUCCUAGAGGCCAUCAAGGACAAUGAGUCGUUGCGGGAAACGUUGCGAGGAGCGCCCGGAACGCCGGGCAAGGAUGGAAAGCCAGGUACCCCUGGUCACACCGGAGCCACCGGAGUGCCAGGAGCCAGAGGCGCCCGGGGGUCCGAAGGUGCCCAGGGGCUGAAGGGCGAGCCAGGCGUCGACGGACUGCCCGGAGUCAUGGGUCCGCCGGGACCGCCGGGUCCGCCUGGUUUGCCCGAGAAUUACGAUGAAUCCCUAAUGGUCAACUCGAUGGGCACAUUCCGGGGCACAACGCAACCGGGGGCCAAAGGUGUUCCCGGCGAGAAAGGUGAUGCCGGCCAGAAAGGAGAGCGUGGCGAUCCGGGUCACAAAGGUGCACACGGACCCAGCGGCGCAAAGGGCGAGCCCGGCGAACCGGGAACUCCUGGGUUGCCGGGUCUCCCCGGACAGGCCGGACAGCCCGGCGGACUCGAGGGGCUCUCCGCCAACGGGACCAAGGGCGAGAAGGGUGAGAAGGGUAUGCGGGGAAGGCGCGGCGGGACUGGGGCCACUGGACCAAUCGGACCGCCAGGAAAACCCGGAGCCAUGGGCGAUAUUGGACACUCGGGCCGCCCUGGAAUGACAGGACCAAAGGGUGAGAUGGGUCCCAAGGGACCGAAAGGCGAUUCCGGAGGCCGCGAGGGGUUGAAGGGCGAUAAAGGCGACCGAGGUCAGGAUGGCAGGGAUGGCUUGCCAGGACCUCCUGGACUUCCAGCCACUGGAGGUGGCGAUGGCGACAGCAGCGGAGUGCAGUACAUAGCUAUGCCAGGACCGGCAGGACCGCCAGGACCUCCAGGACCCCCAGGUCUACCUGGCCUAUCGAUUUCAGGACCCAAAGGAGAACCCGGAAUGGACUCACGCAGCACGUUCUUUGGUGAUGCCUCCUAUUAUGGAAGACCAGGAGCGCGCUCAUCCUUAGACGAACUCAAAGCCCUGCGAGAGCUUCAAGAUCUGCGCGAUCGUCCCGAUGGCACAGCCGAGCCGCCACGCCAGUCGGGACACUCGCACAAACACGAUGAGAGCCACGUCGAGGGCGAGGAGCCCUACUUCUCGGCCUCCUCAUCCAAUAUGAACAUGAAGAUUGUGCCGGGAGCAGUAACCUUCCAGAACAUCGAUGAAAUGACAAAAAAAUCGGCCCUCAAUCCGCCGGGCACGUUGGCCUACAUCACCGAGGAGGAGGCGCUUUUGGUUCGCGUCAACAAGGGAUGGCAGUACAUUGCGCUGGGAACCCUGGUCCCGAUUGCCACGCCCGCUCCGCCCACCACGGUGGCUCCAUCGAUGCGAUUCGACCUGCAGUCGAAGAACCUGCUCAACAGUCCACCUCCACUGCUCAACACGCCAACGUGGUAUCCGCGAAUGCUACGCGUUGCGGCGUUGAACGAGCCUUCCACCGGCGAUUUGCAGGGGAUUCGGGCGGACUUCGCCUGCUAUCGGCAAGGACGACGGGCAGGACUCCUGGGCACCUUCAAGGCAUUCCUCUCAUCCAGGGUACAGAAUCUGGACACGAUUGUCCGUCCGGCUGACCGGGAUCUGCCCGUGGUGAACACCCGUGGCGAUGUGCUCUUCAACUCCUGGAAGGGCAUUUUCAACGGCCAAGGCGGGUUCUUCUCCCAAGCGCCGCGAAUCUACAGUUUCAGCGGCAAGAACGUGAUGACGGAUCCCUUGUGGCCCAUGAAGAUGGUCUGGCAUGGUUCGCUGCCAAAUGGAGAGCGUUCCAUGGACACGUAUUGCGAUGCCUGGCAUUCCGGUGACCACCUGAAGUCCGGGUAUGCCAGCAAUCUCGAUGGCCACAAGCUGCUCGAACAGAAGCGACAGUCCUGCGACAGCAAGCUGAUCAUCCUGUGCGUGGAGGCCCUUUCGCAGGAUCGAAAGCGCAAGAAGCGGGAACUCUCCGAAAACAGCUAUAGCAACAGUCGCAGUCACGGUGAGAGCGAAAGUCUGGAGUUCCGGACGGCCGAUGAGUAUGCAGCGCAUUUAGAAAAUUUACUGCUGUAAGCGGAACCGGAAGGAAGAAGAAGCAGAAGCAGCAGCAGCAGAAGCAGCAGCGAGUCACACCAAACCAUUCUCAUACACGAAACAAAACAAAUCACAGCACACACACACUCACACACACACAGAGACACGUGCACACAUUGAAUGUAAACGUAAAUCAUGGCCAUGCAUAUAAUCAGCGAAUUCCAAACAAAAACCAAAAAGAGAAUACUCAGACGACAGUUGGAUGUUGCAUAUAAAUACAUACCUAUAUUACCCAUACGCAUACACACUACUCGUAGGUAAUGUCUAAUGUAUUUCUACACGUAACAUAUAUGAUAAACACAGCUAAGGAUAUAUAUCGCUGAUAUAUAUAUAUGAGUUGUACUUUAUGUUCAGGACGAGAGGCAACAGCAAAUAGCAAUUUUUGUACAAGCAGGAAAAACGUAUUCGUAGUUUGUAAUCUGUAAUUUGUAACUAACCGAUAGCCGUAACCGAGAACUAAUGUAAUUUUUGUAAUUACGUAAGCUCAUCCAAACACAGCAGCGGAUCACCCAGUCGCCUCCGCCUACGCAAUACUGGCCAAAUUAGUAUCCUACUUAGCUCGUAUGGCAGUGCACCCGAGAAUCCAGAAUCAAGAACUAAUAAUCGAGAGAAGGGAUAAGCGAGAAAGGACGAACUCUUCACAGGACCCUGUAUAUGCGUGUAUAAAUGUGUAUUUUUGUCAAAAGACUUCUAGGUGUGUGUACAUUAUAAGGAAAUCCGAAUGGGUACGAUACGAAACCGUUUUUAAACUAUCGCAUGCAGCCCUUUCUGCCCACUCUAUAUAUAAUAUAUAUAUAUAGGAUAUAUGUUUUACGACCGAUUUCUACUCCUAUCUUAGGCCAGAGAUUUUCUACAGUGUAGCCAGCGCGACUCCCAAAAUACUCGUAAUCGAAAUCCAAAUUCGGAUCGCAGUUUUUAUAUGCAUCAAAUGAGUAACGGUAAUGAAAUUAUAGCCUAAUCGACACACAUAAAUACAUGCACACCCGAUGGAUGGUGAAUUCGUAAUUUAUUGUCAUUCGAUAACGAAUACUUAACUAAAUUCUAAUUAUAAUUACCGAGCAUAGUUAGUUACAUGAUAAUUUCUUUUUGCAUUUAACCAAUGCAUUUCCAAACUACAAAAUUUGUAAUGUAAUUAAACGUAAUUGUAAUGACAGUUAAGGUAUUAAUUUAAAACAAUAAACCACAGACGCAGAACACAAUGCGAAUGGCGCGCGGUAGCCAGCCGCAAGGUGACAUUAUAUAGUACGAUUAAAGUAUAAAAUAUAUAUUUAGUGAAAUCAAAACUGAAGUGCAGACCCUCUAGUCCUAAGCCUAAAACAUGAAGAAAAGAGAGCAUAACAGAAAUACAUAAUAGCAUAAUAUAAUUGAAUAAUACGAAACAAUAAAAGGUAAACUAUCAAAUGC